AUUUUCAUGCAUCAAUCAAACACCGUGUGCAUUUUGCAGGCCCUAAUUGCCCAAUUGACGUGACUGGUUCUAGUAGGAGUUUCCAAUAGCAGGAUAUGUAAUCUCUCGCGUGCUAUACAAUUCGUUUUCGGCAGUUUACAUGCACGGAGUAUUUGAAUGGGUCGUAUUCAUAUCAUAUAAUAUGCAGAGAGGAAUUUAUAGCUUACUUACUUCGUUAUUUGUAGCAGGUAUUUUAGAUGUCGUCCAAAUGUCCAGCGAAAAACUCCUGAUUAAGAAGCUGCUCACUGAGUACAAGGAACGUGGCAUUAUGGGAAGACCGGUAGAGCGUCAUCAUGAGAUUCUUACGGUCAAGUUCGGACUGAGUCUUAUACAGAUUCUGGAUCUGGACGAGAAAAAUCAAGUAUUAACCACCAACGCAUGGGUAACUCACAAAUGGAAGGAUAUUUAUAUGACCUGGAAUGAAUCUGAAUAUGACAACAUUACAAAGAUCAGAGUGCCGAAGGGCAGCAUUUGGGAACCCGACAUAAAACUGUACAACUACGCUGAUGAGAGGAUGGAGGAGAGAAGAGACGCAAAUAUGGUUAUCGGAAGCGAUGGAACUGUGCUAUGGAUUCCUCAAGCGAUCUUCAAAAGUGUCUGUAAAAUAGACAUUAUGUACUUCCCUUUUGAUAUGCAGACUUGUAAACUAAAAUUCAGUACAUGGAGUUAUGAUGGCGGACAAAUUGAUUUAAAGGAGCUGUACGGAGUCGAGACUGGUUUUGAAUUGUCCGACUACGUGGAAAGCAACGAAUGGAAUGUGCUCGGAUCUAGCGUCGAAAAAGACACCAUCAUUUACUCUUGUUGCCCGGAUGCUCCUUACGUUGCCAUUACUUUCAAUAUUCGGAUAAAACGAAAACCUGCAUUUUAUAAUUACAUUUUGAUUCUUCCUUGUAUUCUUCUGUCGUCUCUAACGUUGGUGCUGUUCUGGCUGCCACCAGAGUCAUCUGAUAAAAUGCAGUUUGGAAUGAAUAUAUUUGUCGCCUUUUUUGUGUUACUUCUUCUCCUCAACGAAUCUAUUCCUCCAGCAUCAGAUUCGAUACCUCUUAUCGGAGCUUUAUACUGUCUGAACAUGGUUUUGAUUACUCUAUCCACCUUCUUAUCCGUCGCCAUAGUAAAUCUCUACUUCCGGGGAUCGAAGUCACGUGUCCCAAGACCUAUUAAAAAGGUAAUGGUUGAUUGUAUAGCAAGAAUAAUGUGUAUGCACGAACAAGCAAAGACAAAAAAGAAAAAUGCACAAGAAAGCAGUGGAAUCGUACAGGGAUCUAACCGAAAGGAUGGGAAUGGAAUAUUCGACCAAGUCAAUUAUUCUGCAAUGCAAGCCGAAAAUAGCUGGAAAGAGCAACCAAACGGCCAAAAUGGACAACAGGACAAAACUGAGAUGUCUAUCAGCUCGUCUGGAUACUUUGAUACUAUGUCCAGUGACGUGAAAGAAAUCAAAACAUAUCUUAAGAAGGUGAUUGAUAAAAUCACCGACAAGGAUGCAGAAGAGGAGAUUGCUAGAGAAUGGAGAAUAGUUGCCCUUGUUCUGGAUAGACUGUUCUUCUUUUUAUACUUUUUCACUAUAGUUAUCUCCUUCUAUUCAGUGUAUAAUCAAUAUUUUGAUUCUACCGACAAUUUUAAUCGGAAGAAUAAUCACUAACAUCAUAAUAUAGUAAUUUUUCAUGGCAUAUAUAUGUUAUAUAUUAUAUUGAGAAUACACAAUGUACUCGUGCAGGUCAUAUUAUGCUUGAUGUAUGGAAUUGAAUACAUAUGUACAACAUAUAAAAUGUUGUUAAUAAACAAAU